AUGAAGCCCGCCAACACAUCGGCAUUGCUCAAUGCCUUUCAGGGACUGAGGAUAUGCGCUUCCUCGCCCCUGCGACAACUCCGCGCCCCUCUCCAGCAGUCCUCGAAGACGCUUGAUGCGGCCCGACGGCUCCAAAAUGUCCGCGCCUUCUCGACGACUUCCUCCAUGCUGGGCAGCUGGCUCGAGCCCAAUCUGAACCGAAAGAAGAAGAUGGCCAAGGGACGUCCCCGUGUGGCCACUGGAGGCUCGACAAAGGGAACGACUGUGAUCUGGGGCGACUACGGUCUGCGAAUGACGGACCACCACCGCAGAAUCAGCGCAAAGCAAUUGAAGAUGGCCGAGGAUACCAUCAAGGUGCGACUUCGAGGACAGAAAUACCGACUGUACAAGCGAAAGAACUGUAACGUUGGUGUCUACGUCAGCGGUAACGAUAUGCGUAUGGGUAAGGGUAAGGGUUCAUUCGACCACUGGGCGACCAGAAUGGCUGUGAGCCAGAUUCUGUUCGAGAUUCGAGGACGACUUCACGAGCAAGUUGUGAGGGAUGCAUUCCGUUUGGCUGGCAACAAGCUGCCAGGCCAAUGGGAGUUUGUGAAGAAGGGCGAGGCCCCUAUGGUUGGAAUUACCAAGCUUGAUGGCAUAACUCUGGAGGAGCUGAAAAGGCCGAGACGGGAAAUUGCCCCUGCUGAGCUGCUCAAGGCUUCUUCCCCAACGACUGAGACUCAGGUUGGAAGCACACCUGCAGCUUCUGGCUCCUCUUAG